AUGUUUCCUCGGGUGCCGCGUCCCACCGUGCUGCGGGUGGCCAUGUACCUGGCUCUGGGGACUUACUUCCUGCUGGUCAUGGGCGUAUGGUUCAAGCAGUCUGACUGGAAGAGCUAUGCCGUUCACCACCCCCGUUGCAACCACGACCAUAAUGUGGCCGUAACCCCAGAUGACAUUGCCGUUCUUGUCGUGACGGGCCAGGGCGUGCAUGAUCAGCGCUUGCCCCUGAUCCGCGGCCCAAAGGCCACGUGGAACCACUUCAAACAGCUCUUGGUCGUGAGCGACCAAGCUACCGCGCAAACGGACACGCUCAAGACCAAAGUGCGCGUGCCCGGCGGAGAGACUGGGUAUUGCAAGGCUCAGGAACGCUAUGUAUAUGGCUUUUACGACCUCGUUCACCGCUACCCUGACGCCAAGUACUACAUUGUUGCCGAUGACGACGUCAUCGUUUCCACCUCCCGCCUCCUCCAUGUCCUGCGGUACUGCAACCCCAACAGGCCCUUUGAGAUGGGCCACGACUAUGUCUCACGUCUCAAUCUUUUUGAAUUCCCCAUAUACGGCCUGCAAUACAUCCUCUGGACCUUUGUCGGGGGCCCUCUGCCACCACGCCACAAGACCAUUUACGGUGGCGUGCUCAUCUUCAGUGCUGGUGCCGCUCGUGAGCUCGUGCAAAUGGGUCAGCUGGAUAAGUGCCUGGAGGAUAUGGCUGCCGCCAUCGCCCAAAACGCCUACAUGGACUUUGUCCGCAUGCCCAUCGGCACUGGAUGCGCUUACCACCAGGACCAUGUUUUUUACGCCUGCACUGUCGCCAAAUAUGUGCGCGGUGAAGCAAUCACGCCCAAUGAUCUGCUCCACUUUAGCCCCAAGACGCUGAAGGAACGUCACCUUACCAACGUCGUUGGCAUCCAUCAUAUUUAUGAUGCUCAAGAUUGGCUGAUCAAUGAUUUGUGGAGCCAUGCCUCAACGUGGGUGCCCCUCCUCCGUACCUCGACAGAGACCCAAUCUGGCGAAGACCCCAUCGAGGCUGGCGACAUCGAGCUUCGCAACAUUAUCGACCAUCUAACCGCUGAGCGGGCCAAGCCGGCUUCCGCGGUGGAUGAUAACGCUGUGGCUGGUCUUUUUCGCCAACUCUUUUCCAACCUCUUUGAGCGCGACUAUGCACGCUCUAACAACUAA